GGCACCGCGCGGGCCAGGUGGUGGUUUUGGGUCGGUGGGUUGCCGUGCGGCGGCGGCGGUGGCAGCGGCGGCUCCGUCGGGAGACGGGGGAGAGGCCCGGUAGCGUGAGCGCGGCCAAGCGCGCGGCGCCUUCCCGGCGGGUGGGCAGGAGCGGGCCCCGCGGCGUCAUCGGCGGCGAGGAGCCGCGCGCCUCGGCCUAGCAUGUCGGAAGCGGGUGAGGAGCAGCCCAUGGAGACGACGGGCGCCACCGAGAACGGACACGAGGCCGCCCCCGAAGGCGAGCCGCCGGCCGGGACGGGGGCCGGCACCGGGGUCGCGGCGGGCGCCGGAGGCGGGAGCGCGGCGCCCCAGACCGGCAGCCAGAACGGCGCCGAGGGCGACCAGAUUAACGCCAGCAAGAACGAGGAGGACGCGGGAAAAAUGUUCGUUGGUGGCCUGAGCUGGGAUACCAGCAAAAAGGACCUAAAGGAUUAUUUUACCAAAUUUGGAGAGGUCGUUGACUGUACAAUAAAAAUGGAUCCCAAUACUGGCCGGUCAAGAGGGUUUGGGUUUAUCCUCUUCAAAGAUGCAGCCAGUGUGGAGAAGGUUCUAGACCAGAAGGAGCACAGACUGGAUGGCCGUGUCAUUGACCCCAAAAAAGCCAUGGCCAUGAAGAAAGACCCAGUAAAGAAAAUUUUUGUCGGGGGUCUGAAUCCUGAAGCCACUGAGGAGAAGAUCAGGGAGUACUUCGGCGACUUUGGGGAGAUUGAAGCCAUUGAGCUGCCAAUGGAUCCAAAGUCAAACAAAAGACGCGGCUUUGUUUUCAUCACCUUUAAAGAAGAAGAACCUGUGAAGAAAGUUCUGGAGAAAAAGUUCCACACCAUCAGUGGAAGUAAGUGUGAAAUCAAGGUGGCUCAGCCCAAAGAGGUUUAUCAACAGCAGCAGUAUGGCUCUGGGGGCCGUGGGAAUCGCAACCGAGGGAACCGAGGCAGCGGUGGUGGUGGCGGAAGUGGAGGAGGUCAGAGUCAGAGUUGGAAUCAGGGCUACGGCAGCUACUGGAACCAGGGCUACGGCUACCAGCAGGGCUACGGGCCCGGCUAUGGCGGCUACGACUACUCGCCUUAUGGCUAUUACGGCUACGGCCCCGGCUACGACUACAGUCAGGGUAGUACAAAUUACGGGAAGAGCCAGCGACGUGGUGGCCAUCAGAAUAACUACAAGCCAUACUGAGGCUUCGGCAGGAGUGCCCGACUGACCGCACACGCUUUGUUUGGAUACUGAGUGAACACAAUUAUGUACCAAAUUUAACUUGGCAAACUUUCUAUGGCCUGUCCCAUGUGCAUCUUAUUUAAAAAUUUCCCCCUGGAAAUCACUCUCCUGUUUAAUAUUUCCAGAGCUCUAGUUGUUUUAGGCAGCGUGUGGUGUCUCAAGAGGCCAGAGCGGCAUUAUGGGCUCAUUUUUAUUACCGGGUUACCCAGAACCAGAUUGGAGGGUCUGCUUCCUGCUGCCACUCUGCAGCCUGGACCUGUGGACCCUGGUUGUAAAGAGUAAAUUGUAUCUUAGGAAACCAGUGUCACCUUUUUUUCACCUUUUAAUUUUAUAUUAUUUGUGUCAUACAUUUCCUAUAAUGGAAGUGUUAAUUUUACUGUACUUUUUGGUACCUUUCGGGAAUCUAAUGUAUUGUAAGGUAUUUUACACGUGUCCUGAUUUUGCCACGACCUGGAUAUUGAAGCUAUCCAAGCUUUUGAAAUAAAAAUUUAAAAACCCCCAA